CGAACCAAUAAGUUGGUGGAAACAGAAGUUGAGGUUGAAGAAGACGAAGGAGCUGGUGUAGAAAUAACAGCUACCUUUGGAGCUUUUGGAAUGACAUAUAGAAUAAACUUGGGGUCACUAAUUUUUUGUUAUUUUGCAACAUUUUUACGCGUCAUAACUCUCUCGCGUAGUGAAGAAG